UCGAUUAUUACAACAACUUGGUGUUCUUAAUUAAACAUUUGUCUUAAAACUCAAACAUUUCCUUAUGUGAAUAAUAAUAAUGCAGGCAGGUUUCGUGUUAGGCCCAUCUUGUCUAUCGCAAAUCUCAAACGUAAAAUCGUUCUUCUUCUCGAGUUCAGCCGACUACUACGAAACGAUGGCACUCUACGCGAGAAUCAUAAUCAUGUUUCUCAUCGGCCUCGAAACGGAUUUUCCUUACCUCUUACGCAAAUUACGUAUAGCUGGCACGAUUGCAUGCGGCAGCUGUUUCAUCUGUACCGUAUUCGCAGCAGCCGUCACUUCUUUCAUAUUCACAGAGACCGGGGCCCACGGCUCUCAUUUCAUCAUGGCCUUAACGCUCUCCAUAAUCUUGUCCAACACAGCCUCUCCCUUCGUCACUCGUCUCGCGCACGAUCUCAAAUUCGCAAACACCGAUAUCGGACGCCUGGCGAUAUCUUCGUCGCUGAUUAGCGACGCAUACGCAGUACUUUUGUUGAUUAUAAUCACGAGGGACAAGCAGGAGUACGGCUUCAAGAAUUCGAUUUUUUUGGGAAUUUUAUAUUCCGUGGUGAUAAUUGUGGUUAUUGUUGUGAAUAGACACGUCGCGAAUUGGCUGAAUAGGAGGAACAGAAGCCAAAAGUACUUAAAAAACACGGAGAUUUUUAUUCUCUUGGCGAUUUUAUUCGUCGCUGCUACAUCUCUCGAGACGCUGGGGUUUAGUAGCAUUAUUGCUUGUUUCCUUAUCGGAGCUUUGUUUCCGAGAGGUGGCAAAACGGGUCGGACCCUCUUGAUCAAACUCUCGUAUUCGGUUCAUAACUUUGUGCUUCCUAUAUACUUUGGUUACAGCGGCUUCAAAUCGGACCUCACUCAUAUAAACAGUUUGACUAAUUUCGCCAUAGUUGCGAUUAUUAUUCUACUCAGCAUUGGUGGUAAAGUAACCGGCACGUUAGCUGCGUGUUUUCACUUAAAGAUUCCACUUAACGAGGGAGUUCUCUUAGCUUUCUUGAUGAACUUGAAAGGCCACGUCGAUUUGCUUGCUCUAACGAUCGGCGUCGAGAAUAAAGUAAGUGUCUUUAUUUAUUUAUUAUUAGAUUUUUUUUUUCUGAUAAAAAACUUAUCAGAACCGAAUGUUUUGAUCGACGCAGGCAGUGUCGAGCCAACGUACAUGGUAAGAAGAGAAAGCGACAUCCUAGGUUACAAGCACAUAGCUUUCGAGUUCCAAUCGCCCGAAAGCGAACUAAAACUCCUCGCAUGCGUGCAUGGCCCACGCCCCGUGGCGACAAUGAUAGGACUCAUCGCAACUUGCAAAGGGUCCGAUAAUGUCGCAAUCACUCCGUACUUAAUGCACCUAAUCGAGCUUCCAGAAAAGACAAAAACGACCCUAUUGUUCCAUCAAAAGGAAGAGGACGAAUUGAGCGACGACGACAAUUAUGGAGGCAACGACGUGGUGGAAAUCAAUGAAGCGGUGGAUAUAUUCGCCGCGGAGACGGGUGUCGUUAUACACCAAUUAAAAGUUGUUUCUCCCUUUGCGACUAUGUAUGAUGAUGUGUGCGAGUUCGCGGAGGACGCGAGAGCGUCAAUUAUUAUAUUACCUUUUCAUAAGCAUCAAAGAAUCGAUGGGAAAUUGGAGAGUGGGAAAGAAGGGAUAAGGGCUACCAAUCAAAAAGUGCUUCGCCAUGCAAAGUGCUCCGUGGCAAUUCUCGUUGACCGUGGGUUGACCGCGGGUACGUUGCAUGUGUCCGGUUCGGGAAUGUUGCAACACGUGGCGAUGUUGUUCUUUGGUGGGCCCGACGACCGUGAGGCCUUGGGGCUUAGUAAGCGUUUGGGGAUGCAUCAUCAUGUGAACCUUACGGUGAUUCGGUUUCUUGAAAAGUCGGAAGGUGGGGAGAAUAUUGGGGUCAACAUUACACAGAAGGACGAGGAUGUUUUUAUGAUGGCGAUUUCGAAUCACGAGUUGCAAAAUGACGCGGAUAAUAUGCAAUUGACUCAAUUUUCUUGGGUUUUGGCAUUUGGUCUAAUUGACACGAAUGAAUUGAUUGAUAGGUACGUAACAUCGGGAGAAGUAGGGUACGUAGAGAAACACGUGGCGCACGGAGGAGAGACGGCGUCGGCGUUAAGAGAUAUGGCGGAUAUGUAUUCGAUGUUUAUAGUCGGAAAAGGCAACAAAGGACACUCAACACUAACAACAGGUAUGAGUGAUUGGGAAGAAUGCCCUGAGCUUGGGAAAGUAGGUGAUUUUCUAGCUUCUUCCGAUUUCGAACUUAGUGGUUCUGUUUUAGUUAUUCAACAACAUAGACCUUCCAACAAUGGUGACGACGAUCUUUAGA